AUUUGCUUAAAUAAUGUUUGAAUCAAUUGUAGUGUUUUGUCAAUAUUUGUUAGCAAUAUGUUUAGCAAUGAUUUCAGUAAUAUAUUUGUAUUACAAACAUAAAAACCGUUACCGCGACUCGUGUUUGGCCAAAAUUCCCGGACCCCAACCCCGAUACCCGCUGAUCGGUAAUUUAGAUUUGUUUUGUAUAUCUGGUUUGCCUAGUAGUGACAGCAUUUAUCCAAUAUUUGUAUCGUUAUGCAAACAAUACAGCAAUUAUGGUAUUUAUAAAUUAUUAAUCGGACACAAACCAGUGGUUGUUAUAUUUAAAUCUGAUUUAAUGAGUAAAAUAUUUUCAUCAAAUGUCAAUAUUGAUAAAUCAUAUUUUUAUAAAUUUCUAAACGAUUUUAUGGGCGACGGCCUAAUAUCGACUACCGGUGCUAAAUGGUCGGGUAGACGAAAAUUGUUGACCCCAGCAUUUCAUUUGAAAAUCCUUAACGAUUAUAUACCCAUAAUUAAUAAACAAACAAAUAUGUUUGUUAAGAAAAUCAUUGAUAAUAAUAUAUCAUAUGAUAGACAACAAUAUAUGGAUAUACGGGAACCGAUAUCACUGUUAACAUUGAAUAUUGUUUGCGAGACAGCAAUGGGUGUACAGAUGGACAAAAAUAAUGGCUACUAUGAGGCCAUUAAUAAUUUUGGCGCAAUGUUUACUAAACGUAUAGCUUCGCCGUGGAUCUGGUCGGACACCAUAUUUUAUCGGACAUCGUUGGGCCGUAAAUUUAAGCAAUCGGUCGACACAUUUCAAUCGUUUACCUCAAGUGUUAUUAAACAAAAAAUGGAUUUGUUUGCUAUCAAUAAUAAUAAUAAUAAAACAAAUAGUAUUCAACAGAUAACUAAUGAUAAUACUAAUAAUGAUAACUAUUUUCUGAAUAUUAAGUCAAAAAAAAGUAUGUCAUUUCUGGAUCUAUUACUUGAUUAUCAUAUCAAUGAUGACAACAACAACAACAACAACAACAAUAAGUUUUCUUUGGAUGACAUACGGGAUGAGGUGAACACGUUUACGAUGGCCAGUCACGACACUACAUCCGCUAGUAUAAUGUGGACCAUCUAUUUGAUUGGAUUGCAUCCGAAAGUACAGGAAAAAAUUCACGACGAGUUGACCACAAUUUUUGGAUCAGACAACGACAACAACGACGGCAUCAAUAGAGAUAUAACUUCGGCAGACAUUCAACAGAUGGUAUAUUUGGAUUGUUGUAUAAAAGAGUCGUUGCGUUUGUGUCCGUCGGCACCGUUUAUUGCCCGCCGAAUAACCGAAGAUUGUCCGGUCGGCGAUAAUAAUAAUAAUGAUAAUAGUUAUGUUAUACCUGCCGGUGUCGAUGUUUUCAUAAUGAUUGAACAGAUGCAUAAAAAUCGGGACAUAUUUCCCGAUCCUAAUGAUUACCGUCCCGAACGCUUUCAGGAAUCGGAAUCGACUAAAAUAAAUGCCGGCAAUUAUGUACCGUUUAGUGCCGGUACGCGCAGUUGUAUUGGCAAACGGUUCGCCAUAAUGAUACAGACGCUAAUAUUGUCGAAAAUUUUGCUAAACUUUACAAUUGAAUCGCUGGAACCGUUAGAUAAUAUACAGAAAACGGCUGAAAUGGCCUAUCGGGCCAAAAGUCCCUUAAAUAUCAGAUUUAUUCCCAAAUCUAAAUAA